AAAAUAGUCAAAUUAUAAAAAGUAAGCAAGAUACAAAAGGUAUGCAAGUUAUGAAAAAUGAACAAGUUACAAAAGAUAAGCAAGUUACAGAAGAUGAGCAAGUUAUAAAAGAUAAGCAAGUUACAAAAAAUAAGCAAGUUACAGAAGAUGAUAGCUUUUUAGAAUAUGAGAAGAUUAUAAGGAAUGAUCAAUUUAUAAAAGAAAAUCAAAAUUUAAAACAUACUCAGACUUCUAAAACAAUAUAUCUUAAUGUUCAAAAUUCAUUUUAA